GCGACGCUCGACAGCAGCAGCGGCGGCGGCGGCGGCAGCAGGAGGAGACACACAGAGGAGACACACAGAGGAGACAUCACCGGGAGGGAGCGCAUCAUAAAGUUUGAGGCUGCGGCGGACACACGUCCAGGAACUCCACAUCAGGUGGUGAGUUAAAAGGAGCUGCUGGUCGCCUGCUGGUUCUUCGGCGCAAACCAGGAACGUCCGAUGACACCACGUCUGGCGACGACCCUCUGUGGAGACUGCUGGAACGGCCCCGGAAACAGACCCUGCGUUCAGUAACUGGAUGAAGGCACUUUUCUUCUUCUUUUGUAUGAUUAUUUUCCACGCUCACCUCCUCAGAGCUCAUUUUCUACCUCUCGAAGUGUUUGAAGAGAUCAUCCCAACUUAUUUGAACACCUGCCGGCGCUGACCUACUUACCACGCUCCUUUGAGCAAGCACUGCACUGUUUCAUAUUCAAGGCAAUCGAUCGAUCCGCUGCGCUCCCGAUCUAAUUAGCCACACGCAUGCACACACACACACACACACACACACACAGAUGCUCCAAACACUCCUGCGCUUGUAACACCUGGGACCUGGCUACAGCUCAACCCAAUUGGGUGUCAGAAGUCCAUCUGCACGCUAUUAACUCCCAUCCAGAGGGCUGACCUUGGCUGCGAACAGACACGUGUUGGUGUGUUUGCAUCAGCAGGAGGUCGCCUCACGUCCCGUCUGCUCCGAUCGAGGGUGCGAAUGAGAGCUGAUGUGGCAGAGCGGCCCUGAUAAAGCCUCUAAAAACACUGAUGCCUGAGGGGGGUCGGACGCUCAAAUAAGAAAGGCGCAGAGCUUCAUUACGACGCUUAGUCGCACCCUGAAAAUGCGUGACACUGAAAAGUAGUCCAUAUUAAUUGAAAAGUGUGUGCGUAUGUGUCUGUCACAUUGUCAGAGCGGAUUAGGGACGGGCCUUUCUGGGUCAUGUCUCUUUGACUGACCUAGAUUUGACUAUACAAACUGUCCAGCGGAGGAAGAUGUGUGCGUGAUCAGCAUUGACACGUCUUUGACGAACACUCUCUGACCUGGAGAUUGUUCUGCAGUCUUUACUCGCUAACUCACACAGCCCAACUUCUCACUCAGAGCCCCGACAGCCAGGGUCCACGAUAUAAAACUUGUAAACCGCCAUUCUUACUAAGUGUCGUUAUCAAACUCAUUAUCGGCCUUUCCUCUUGCACCACCCCUCAUGAACACCUUCCCCUCCUUCUCCGCACCUCCUCCCAGUACACCAACCAUCCAGACAGUGUGUAAGCCGUGCCUUCGGGCCCCGUGGAGGAUGAACGAUGUGCCCACACUUGACUACGAGUUGCUGCUGUCCCCGGCCAGCUCCUCUCUCCCUGGCAGCCCUGGCGGUGGCAGCAGCAGCAGCCCUCCCCUGGCCCUGGUCGGGGUGGACAAUGAGCAGCGCACAGCCUUGGCCUUCGUAGGCCUCCUCAUGCUCUUCCUGGUCUUCCUGCUGGUCAGGUGCUUCAGGAUCCUGCUGGACCCCUACAGCCGCAUGCCCGCAUCAUCCUGGACUGACCACAAGGAGGGGUUGGAGAGGGGCCAGUUUGAUUAUGCACUGGUGUAGGUUGAUGAUGCGAAGAGAGGGUGGAGACGGGGCUGUUUGAUUGCACAUAGAAUCUUUAAGAAGCAGAUUUAGACAUGGACUGUACCACUGCACUCUUUUGGGGGGGGGGGGUGUGUACUGGUGUAAAUAUGAGGCUGCAGGAUUAAACGGGCUGGAAUCCUGUGAGCCAAACACUCACCCAUACCCAGAUGUUGGACAAGCUGCACAGCUGCCUUAACCUGACCUCCUGUACUAGUCGAAACAUGCUACCACAUCACAUCACUUUAGGGCUAGGUUUUCCAAACUCCUGUGCUUGUUAGUACCGAAACACAACGUUAUUUUUGGAAAAAGGCCGCACUCACUCACGGCAUAGUUUAUAACCUCAAAGCUACAUUUUUGAUGAGGACACAGGCGGAUCUUAAACGAAGGAGUUUACACUAAAGCAGACGCCCCUUUAAUGAACGUGUGCAAAGCAUCCAAAGUGCUGAUCCAGGAGCACAAAUCCUCACUUUUUUUCUUUGAUCCUCGAGCAGCACUGCAGUUUCAGAUGCUUCUUAAAGCCCGAGCAGGUAGUUUGUGUCUCUCCAUGUAUGUUUUGUGUGUUACCGUGUCUAUAACUGAGAAGCCAUAUUGAAACUAUAUAAUCCGUUAUUACUGCGAGUAGAGUUUAUGUUCACUGGUUGUGUGUCCUUUGCUUUAGUCGGCCUGCCAAGUGUGGUGAAUGAAGCAAACCGCAACCUUUAGGCAACAGAAAGCUUUAUUUUUCUAUUCUCGACUCAAGUUUGGGAGUCUCCUUUUUGCUAUCUCUCCGUCCUCCUCCUCUGAUUGCAUCGAUCUUUAGACUGUGGGUUUUCGAGGUAGUCAUGCAGCCACGUCUUAGAAGGCAAAGCAAGGUAGCUUUGCUUUUUUUUGCGUGUGUUUUUUAAUUACAUAUUUUUCUGACUAUCUGCUUUGUUUUUGAUACACUGGGUUGAAUCAGUGAAAAUAACAAGUAAAGGAUUCGAUUACUCUUCUGAAUUUCCACUGAGAGCUGGACUGCGUGGAAGGUCCACAGUGUUCAUGUUGGAAAUCAAAUAAAAUGAUUAAUAAGUA